AUGCGCCACAUAUUCCCCAAGAAACGUGAGCGAGGCGCUGGGGGCCGCGCUGGAGAUGACUUAAUCGAGAAUCAAGUUAUUCUCCCUCGGGCUCCGCAAAAGAAUGACGCAUCCCUUCCUACCUUAAGCCACCUCAGCACUGAGGUCAUCACCAUGAUCAUAGACGUGCUCUACAACGACAGCCCAGCCAGCGCUGAUGAGCUUGCCUGCACGAGUUCCUUUUAUUAUCAUUUGACACGGUACCGCCAAUAUCGAGAAGUCUGUGUGGCCAUAUCAACAACUACCAAUGAAGUGGCUUUCCAAAAUCGACUGGUUGUGGUGGAGAAGGAAGGCCUGCUCCCUGCCAUCCGACGCGUCAGAGCCCGUAUCGGAGCAAUAGACAAACAGAAAUGCACCACCACCAUGGUCGAGUUCAUUGGGAAAAUGACGACGCUGAUCGACCUCGAAUGGCGUUAUGCAAAGAACAUCAAGAUGUCCACCUGCGUCCCAAAUCAGUUGAUUUCUCUGCUUCAGUCACGGCCGCAGGUGCGCCUUCAUGCUGGCGUUUCACCUCCAUCCGUGCUCCACCCUCGUUCCGAACAUGAUCUUGAGUACAACUUGUACCGCUUGGAAGGGCUCAAGAAUCUCAGCUCGUUCGAGGUGCGGUUUACCUACCGCAAGCCGAAGACCAAUGGGGAGGUGCACACAACCGCCUAUCAGAACAUUACGCUGGGUUUGGAUUCAUGGAUGGUGAACGACUACCGGUAUUGGAAGAGCUAA